UCAAGAUCAUCAAGAUGGCUGUAUAUGAUGCCUGCGAUGGUCAAGGUUUGAACUACGAUAGCAACGUAAUGUUUGUCGCCGCCAAAGACGCUUUUGUCUUCUUAAACUGAUUUCACUACCGCAUGAAUAACGUAAUUAUCGUGAAAAUAUACAAACACAGGCCAUAACACUCAAGCGCAUUGGUAAAACGAGUUGAAUCCGGUUGAGUCUACUGAACAGUUGCAACGCCGCGGUCAUGCCAUCUACUUCAAAGAAAUCAAAUUUGUUCCCUUUCAAAACACGCGCGCAUCAGUGCUUCAGUCUCUUGAGGCCGUUUUGGUUCUUCUUCGGGAUCUGCUGCGGUUUGCUAGCAUGGUGGCAAUUCCACGAAAGGCCGUUAGGCGACAAUCCCUUGUACACGGACUUCAAAGUGACACUUCCACAACGGGAUUUCCUCUUCGUGGCAGUGCUGUCGUAUCAACAGAACGACGCACUACGCGACGCCGCGCGACGCACAUGGCUCAAGUUCUCCACUCAUGCCACCGUUCACCGGUUCUUUGUGGGCUCCCUCGGUGUCCCGGACGAGCGGCGGACCGCCCUGGAACGGGAAGCGCGUGCCAACGGCGACUUGAUUCUCCUCGAAAACGUGCCGGACUCCUUCAGCAAUCGGACGUUCAAACUGCUGCAAGCGUAUCUAUGGGUGUUUUCGAACUACAAGUGCUCGUACGUGCUCAAGCUGAACGACAACUCGUUCGCCAGGGUGGACAUCAUCGCUAGGGAGCUGGGACGCGUUUCGGUGAUGGACUUCCGCAAUCCGUUGCUCUGCUGGGGAUUCUUCGCAGGUUACGCGCCGGUAUCGCGCAGCGGCCCGUGGGCUGAGCCGGCGUGGUUCCUUAGCGACCGUUAUCUACCGUACGCGUGCGGCGGCGGCUACGUCCUCUCCUGGUACACGGUUGUCUACAUUGGGUACAACUCGAAGCUCUUGGACCUGUACGCCAACGACGACGUCGCGGUGGGCGUCUGGUUAGCGCCGCUGUUGAUUAACAGGACGCACGACCGCCGCUUCGACACCGAGCGCGAGUCCCGGGGCUGCUUCAACUCUUACCUGGUGACGCAUCAACAGACGGUGGCCACGAUGGAAGAAAAGUACAAGAACCUGGUAGAACAGGGCGUGCUGUGCAAACAGGAGGUUCAACUCAGGAUGUCGUACGUGUACAACAAAAAAGCUCGGCUGUCGCUGUGCUGCGUCCGCAACAUCAGCGACAUACGGAUGCCAAGAGAGAGAGAGGAAGAAAAGGAACGGCAGGGAGGUUAACCAGGUUGCAGGCUAAUCGUUUGCUACCCCACAUGAAUGCCAGGGCAAGGCAUUGACCUUGGCACCUGAGAGACAUAUUCAGAGACCGCGCGCAACUUCAGUAUGAUGUCUUCUGUGGGAAGGAACUGCGGCUGAUCUUACGCUCACUGUGACCAGCGCUGCACUCGCAACAGAAGUGUUGUAUGCGGCUGCUCAGGCAAGGGCAGUAGCCAUGGCACCCGAGAGACAUUUCAGAGACUGUGCACAUCUUCAAGGUGGUGUCUUCUGUGGAAAUGUUGUGUAUCUAAGGUGGUGAUUAGCAUGUGGCAAUAUAGAUCGCUUCGAUCAGUGCUAAAUUCACAUCAGCGACAUAUGGCAAACCAAGUCGUGCCCUGCGGGAGCCAUUUCAGAGGCAUCACAGUCUGGAAAAUGGCAUCCACUGUAGGGAAAAGGUUCAGCUGAAGGUGCCAUGAGUCAGUUACUAUGGACCUCACCCAGCCCAGUGCUACACCAGCAGCAUCACUGACAUGUCCUUGCUUUGGCAAAGUAACCAGCCAUUGCAGUCUCCGAAAUUUAUUUCUUGCAUGUCAAAAAUGUAUUUACCUGCAAUGUUUGGCUGCAUUCAAGAUAUCUGUGAUAUGAAAUACAUCCUGGAUAGCAUUGUGGGGACAGUUUGUAGCUGCCUGUGUUAUUAAGCAUGCGUAUUCAGAGGUAAAAGUUCAUAGGGCACCUUCACACCAAUGUGUUCAUGUCAACAAAGGGACGCUUUAGUGACUGUGCACUAGUGUCACCGACUGAACGUUUCAUGAUGGCAGUUGCCUCUUGGACUCUGUUUACUAUGGCAUAAUUAGUUUGCAAAAGAGUUCCUUUACUACUGUGCGUUGUACAAAUGUCAAGUGUCAUUCAGCUGUGCACAGGCUGCAUCAACCUAGUACAAGUGGACAUCACAAAAAGUCCUCUACAUCAGAGGAGUGCUUCUAAAACUACCUAGUCAUUUCGCACACUUCUUCCUCAACCUGUUUGUCAGAGUCUUUCUCAUGAGGGCCGAACUUGCUAAAUAUAUAGCCACAAUAACCAAUGGAUCAGGCUACAGUUUACCCAGUGAAAUUUUAUGCAGGAAAGUUUUUCUUUCUUGGGGUAUUAUUAGUAAAACAUCCAUCAUAAGCAGCAUGAAAACUUUUGAGGUCUACUUGUGACUUGGGCCAAGCACUGAUAGUUUAUUCAGGAAAACAUGCUAUAUAUGAAAAAGAAACUUGGAACAAAGAAAGGAAAACCUGAGCCCGCAUUAACGAAAAGGAUGAAGAGCGGUCAAUGAAAGUCAAAAUUGUUGCUCAAAAUUUGAGUGAAAAUAGAAAUUUCACACAAUUGCAGUGAACAUUUACAAAUUCUUAAAGGAAGGAAACUGCCCUAGUAAAGGACGUUACUGUAGAAUCAUAGUCCAAUUUCUUUGAAACGAGAAAGUAAGCAUCCCGCGUGGGUGGCAUGUGUCCGAAUACUGGGUAGUAGUAUGUAUAUAUGUAUGUAGAAUAUGUAUAUAUAUAUUUCCAUGGGAGCUUGUGAAGUGUGCUGUGACAAUAGUAACUAAUGGACUCUUGUUGCCUUCUGCCAGCUUGUAACCAAAGCAAGCAAUGCACACAGCACCAGUGGAGUAUUCUGUUGGUGUGUUAAUGAACUGCAUCUGCAAAUGGACACGCACAAAGAUUACAUGUUUACCUUUCUUUUUCAAACAAUGCAAAUACAGAUGUCAAAUUUCUUGUUUUACACAAUAGAUUGCAAAAUAAAAUAUUAGUCUAGAUUUGCAUGCAAGGGACUGGCAGUAUGCAAUACAGGUAUGAGAAAGAUGCAAACUUAGUGAGGUGUGCAUAAGAGCAGACUGACAAGAAGUAAUGUACAGAAUGAGCGUACUGCACAAACAUGAAGAUCCUUUUAAAAUCUACAAAAAAAUAAAGUGCCAAAAAUUGGUAAUUUUCUGCCCAAGAAGAAAAUUGCAAAACAUAGUAAUGAGCUUGGAAUGAAAACAGCGUAAUGCUAGCGAAGUAUCAACUAGCCCAUCAGCAAACUAUUGAUAGCAUAGGACAUCAUUCUGUAAGCCGUGAGACCAUGGUAGAACUUUAGUAAGCAGUAUUGUUUAUGCUCGAUGUGCAAGCCAAAAAAUGAGCAUGAGUGUACCUUUUAAAGCAGAAGGCUUUUUUUAUUAUUUCAUUGUAGUUUUUCGAAAGCCAUGUUUUCAUACUUUUCAGUCUUUGGUUGCACUCCCACACUGUCAGUCGUGUAUACUUUUGUUACCUGAACUUUUGGUACUUACAAUAUAGGCAGUCUUUUCUUAUUUUACCUUUGCUGAAUCUGCAUAAAUGCAUAUCAGUUGUGUAGAGCAAAACCUCACUUUGAUUUUGGAGUCUUUCCUCAGUGGCGUGCGCAGCCAGAAAUCUUUUUUCGAGGGGUUCAUGCACUUGACUGGAGAAGGGAAGGGCUAGACAAGCCACAGUGUGGCUUACAGAAAUUUAGGGGGAGGGGAGAGCAUUCCCAGUGUGUCCCUCCUGGUCAUGCCACUGUAUUUCAUGUACAAUACAGAACGAUCAAGAGAACAAAUAUUUAUGUGCCAGCUGUGUUCAGAAGUGCAUUGCGUCGUAUAUUUGUGUCUGUUGUUGCAAGUAAGAAUAUUGUUCAGAAUAUACAGUUGUCUUUUUGACAUACAAGAAAGAA